AUGGCCGCCAAACCCAAGUGGCGAAAGAUCCUCUACGAAGAUCAAGGUGUACCUGAUAACUACGUCGACGCUAGUUUCUUGGAUGAAUUAAAGAAGAAUUUGUACACCCGGAAGUAUGAAUACCUACCUCUGGUUUACGAGUCAGGAGUGAUUACUCAGCAUCUUAGCAGCGUCUGCUUGUUUGUGGUAGUGUUUGUGUACAUGAAUGAGAAGUGGUUGUCGGCAGAGAGUCUUUGUGCUGUGUCAACCGGGGUGACUGUCAUUGCAUACCUCCUCAACGAUGUCAUCGAUGGUGGACAGAGUCGGUCUCAGUCCAAGAGGACAAUGAUGGACGAUCUGAAGACAGCCGUUCUGUUCUCCGGCUUCAGUUUUGGACUCUCACCGAUCUUAGUGUCACUGACAGAGACGGUCAGCACGGACACGAUCUAUGCCAUGACGACUGUCAUGUUGCUGGCCAAUGUCCUGUUCCAUGACUACGGUACAAGUGCUGCCAUUGUGUCAGGUCAGGAACUAUGCUGCUUCUGUCUCUAAGCUCAAAGCGCAGCGACGUUUGCAUCUGUGUGCCUGGCUUCUCGUCUGAACACCACCUGGCAUGCCUUCACGACCAUUGUCUUCGCUUUUGAGCUGUUCGCUCUGUGGCCAGUCCUGAGGCGGAAACUGAAGACUAAUGCACCCAAAAGCCAGGUUCCACUGACUGUUCUCCUGGGGGGCGGGGCAUUCAUGUUGCUGUUGUCCAUCACAACAGCAGGUGCUGUGUUGUUUGCUGUGUUCCACGUGUUCAUCACGUUCAUCUGCCCCUGCUGGCUCACCAGACUACAGCUGUAUAAAAAUAACAUCUACGGUCCGUGGGAUGAAGCUGUGAUCAAACCUGAUCCAUCAGCAUCUAGAUGACGUCGCUGUAAUAUAGGCAUGUGAAUGAGAGAAACUUUGAAUGGUCAGUGUGUGAUUGUCUCUGUCUAAGUCAGACAUUUAGUGGGGGAUGGGGAUAAGUCUGGAUUUCUUACCCAGGUACCAAACCCGUGAAGACCCGGGUUAGAACUGGUCUCCAGCAACCUAUGCUUGUUGACAAGCAGGAUUGGGUGGUCAGGGUUGUUGACUUGGUUGACACAUGUCAUUGUAUUCCAUAGCAUUGGUUGAUGCUCAUGAUGUCAAUCACUGGAUUGUUUGGUCCGAUUAUUACAGACCUGAUUGUUUACAGAUCACUGUCAUAUAGCUUGAUCUUGGUGAGGUGUGGCAUUAAACUCACCAACAAACCCUGUAUCUGACCCCAAAACCCACCUGGGUACCCAUGGCACACCAGCCUUCAGUUACAUUCAUCGAGAUUUCAUUUACAUUGAGAUCAUAAAUAACAUGAUUUUGUGUAUACGGCUCACAUUAUUUCCAAGAACAUACAGUGAUAUAGAGUAGGGUGUCACUAGGAACAAUUGUUGAAGUCCUUCAGGUACCUGGAUCCUGCUCAGUACCUUCUCGACCUGGGUACCCGAGUUACCCUGCCCUUGUGUUAUAUGUAUGUUCCAUGUAUGUAUACAUGUGUAUAUGUAUGUAUGUAUGUAUGUAUGUAUGUAUGUAUGUAUGUAUGUAUGUGUGUAUGUGUAUGUAUGUAUGUAUGUAUGUAUGUAUGUGCCCUAUGUGUGUAUGUAUGUAUGUAUGUAAUAGAUUUAUAGAGCGCUCUAAUAUCCACCUCAAAGAUGCUCGUGGUGGUGGGGUAGCCUAGUGGUUAAAGUGUUCGCUCGUCACGCCGAAGACCCGGGUUCAAUUCCCCACAUGGGUGCAAUGUGUGAAGCCCAUUUCUGGUGUCCCCCGCCGUGAUAUUGCUGGAAUAUUGCUAAAAGCGGCAUAAAACCUAACUCACUCACUCACUCACUCAGAGAUGCUCAGUGGCGUCAGGGACAAAUUAUGCUUAAAGCUCAGACAUGUUUAUCCAUGGUUAACCCAAGCUGCCUGUGAGGCUUGGUUUUGUUUGUUGAGGAAGCUCCGGUUACUGUUUGGGAGUUCCGGUUCUUGGAACCAGAUCUGAUCUUUACUGAAUAUUUCAGUCUAUAAAUUAUUUAUAUUUGCAUCAUG